GUGAUAAGAGCAAGAAACUUGAGUCCGGGCUGAUGUCGUUUUAGGAUUUUUUAAAUUAUUUUAAUGACAUAUUAUACAAUGUAAUACCUAGAAAACACCUAUUUUGAUACUCCACAUCUUAUACAAUGCAUAGGCCUGUGUACUAAAUAGACCUUGAGUUAUCCGGAUACAUCCUACCCGGUAUUACGGCCUUGCUGUUAGUUGAUCGGGUCACCCCGGUAUUACGGCCUUGUUGUUAGUUGAUAGGGUCACGUUCCAUAGGUAGCUGAUACAUCAUCGGAGACUCAGAGGGGUGGACACACCUCGUCAUUCAAAGAUUCGAACACAUCGAUGAAGCUAUACGGAACUAGCGUUUGAGUACGUAUACAAUGGCGGAAGGUGGUCCCCAUCCAGACCCUCACUCUGAAGACAGCACACUACGAAACCUCUCAGACUCCCAUCUUCUUGAAUGUCCGAUCUGUCUUGAGCAGUUACGUCAGCCGAAGUCUCUGCCGUGUCGUCAUUCUCUUUGUGAGGAAUGUUUGAGUAGCUACAUUGUCAGUGAGGUGUUAGGGACGAGUGAUACGGCGACUUCCUUUAUCUGUCCGGUAUGUAGGACGUUAACUCACCCCGUGGACAAAUCAGAGGACAAAGAGAAAUGGGCCCAGCAGUUCCCGACCGACACCGUUGCCAUAGAGAUAAUACAACUGAGAAACAGGACGACAGAGCCACGUUACUGCGCGCCCUGUCAGAGAAAGGGAAGCAUGACCUCUGCACAGUUCUGGUGUAAAACUAAUCAGUCAUUGUUCUGUGAGUCUUGUAAAGUGGAUCACCAUGAUGUGGUCCAUGUGAGCUGUGAUAUCGUAAAUAUUAGUGGUUCCGGGAAUUUCCUGCUGAGACAGGAAACAUCUGACAAACGAUGCGACAAACACAAGAAGAAGAUUGCUUAUUAUUGUGAGGAUCACAAGUCCCUAGGCUGCAGUAAAUGUAUAACUGUUGGUCACAGAAAAUGUGACAACGUGUCCACAACAGAGGAUUACUGUGAGAAACUGAAUAGUAGCUCCCAACUAGAGGAAAGAAAGACAUUUCUACAGCAAGGAGCAGACGACAUGGAAUCCAUGAUAAAGGACUUUUACCUACGACAACAGAACAUUGCAGACGACAAAGAUGCGGUACUGAAAAGCAUCGACGACCUGCAGGAACGUAUGGAUAAACGUAUCAGAGAGAUGAAAAAGGAAAUCACAGAUGACGUAAUCACGGCGUACAAACAGGAAAGAGAAAAUCUGAAGGUUUCCACUCAGAAGUGUGAACGACUGAAGGUCGCUAUACAGAAUACAUUAGCGUCGUCCGCUACAGCUCUUCAGAGGAACGAUCAUAUGGACACGAUCCGGCUUUACCAGAAAGGUCAGACGGAGCUCGAGGCUUGUAAGGAUCUAGUGAAAGAAAUGCAGAUGUCGAUUUCAUCUGUCAGUAUUGAACAUGAAAUCGAUUCGGACGUGACAAGUCUGAACUUUGGUAAAGUCGUUGUCCGAAAGCAGCGAAGAGAUUUCCCAGGUGUCCCAAGUCUCGUCAAACCUUUAUCCCAAUGUGAAGUAAGGGAAAUAAGAAAAGUGAACAUACAAUGUCGGUCUGACCAAGCUAAUGUUUAUGCUCGUGGUGUUGUAUACUUUCCUGACGGCAGAAUUGUGGUGGGAGAUAACAGCAAUAACAAAAUCAAGUUAAUCAACGACGCGGGGGAUGUUGUGGACGAGUUGAAAAUGGAUGGAAAACCUUGGGAUCUGUGUUUGGUGGAUAACACCACUGUGGCGACCGCUAUACAGAGCACCAGAGGUAUACAUGUAGUGACUGUGACACCCUCCAAACUUACACUGUCGUCUGUAAUAAACGACAACAAACCAUAUUACGGUAUAACGUAUAGAGAUGAAGAGUUUAUCGUGAGUACAGGAUCCGAAGUCUGCAGUGUUAAGAAAGACGGGACGACCAAGACGUUAUAUCGAUAUAAUGGCAGAGUAUUCGCGUUGUCACAUAAUUCCAAGGACGGACAGCUCUUUAUCGCCCAUUAUACCAAUAGUACUGGCAGAACGGUGAUUGGUAGGUUGUCUACUGACAACAACUACACGGACGUGUUGAAGGUUGGUGUAGUUAAGUGUCCGUAUGGAGUGGACGUAGACAUGGAAGGUAACGUCUAUGUCUGUGGUAACGGCUCACACAACGUGGUACAGAUGUCCGGGGACGGGACCAACGUCCGGGAACUGUUAACGGGAGCGGACGGUAUCACACAACCACUAGCAAUAUCUGUUUGUGGUGAUAAACUGGUGGUAACAAACGGAUCAGGUCAGAAGGAUUCCAUCCAAGUGUUUCAACUUGUAUGACUCGCAGAAUCAAUCGUACACAAGAUUGACAUUUGACAUCAUAGUGUAUUCUUGAUAUAUCAUUAACAUAACUGUUCUUGUUUAUAUAAAUCGGUAAUUUCCUGCCUUUUGUCAUAGUUUCUUUUCUAUUACACUUUAUAAUAAUUCCAUUGCAUGAAAUAAAUAAUUAAAGUUAUAUCCUUACGAAUAAAAACGGUAAAAUAUGUAGAUAACUAUGUGUAGAUCACUGACAUUUGUGCUGUACAUAUACACAGUAACCUUCAUUAACUUUAUGUUGCAUGAAACUGUAGCAGUUGUGUCAGGAAACAUCCAUUGAUGACGUAGCUCAGUCGGUACGGGAGAUUGUACAAUAAUCUGAAGUCUACAAAACAUACAUAUUUCAUUACUUCAAUUCUGUACACAUUACAAGACGAUAAAUAAAAGUAUAUUUCUUUUGAAUCGUAACAUUUAUAAAUACACGCCAUGUUGUUCAUAAGUAAAUUGAGAAAACAACACUUUGAAUAAAUAAGAAUUGUGAAUGAUAUAUUUGUUUUAAUAAAAUACACUCCA